UGUUCCUAUUCAGCUCUUGAUCUAUUUCUCCAGAUGAAGUAGAUAUUGUUCACGUGACGUGCUUGACUCACAGCAUACGGGAUCACACAUACAUCUGAUCCAUAAAACAUGAAACGAAAGAAUGAACACUGGUUUUAUAACAUUCACUGAGUGUUUGUGUAUAAUGGAAUAAGGGAACUCCCACCAGCCAUCAAGAUCUCGGUAUGUAAUCGUGAAUGGAUCAUGUUUUAAAGGAAUCACUUCAACACGACUGUCUUUUAAGAGUGAGAUAUCAGGGCUUUCUUGAAUGAAGUUAAAUUAAGAAAUUUAGGCAUCAUGGCAGCGGCUUCGAAGAAGAGACGAAACGUGAUUAUAGCCAUGGACGGUAGUGAUGCCUCGCUUAAUGCAUUUAAUUGGUACCGAACGAUGGCCCGAAAAGAAUCUGACAGGAUAACUUUGGUUCAUGCUGUUGAAAUAUACCACUCUAUAUACACUUCUCCAUUAUUUCAUGACAUUCCAUUUGCGGUGGAUGUAAAUGCUGUAAGGAAAGCAUAUGCUGACCAUAAAAUAGAUACUGAAAACAAGCUUUACGACUUAGCCCUGUUGAUGAAGUCAUUUUGUAUUGAGGGGAAGGUCCGAAGUGUACAUGCAGACGAUCCUGGAGAGGGACUAGUUCGCAUCGCGGAAGAAUUAGAAGCUGACAUGAUAGUGAUGGGAACACGAGGACAAAACAAAUUGAGGCGGACGGUCACCGGAAGUGUUAGUGAUUAUGUCCUUCAUCACGCCACUGCACCAGUUCUUAUUUGUCCUCCCAAACAUGUGAUUAAGUAGUGGAAAUACGGUAUAAAAGAUUGAUGGAUACAAGAAAAACAAUGAUACAACCUGUGCCAAGAUAAAGUCUAUCUUGCCAUUCACUCUCUCCGGGGUUUUUAGAUGUACAUAAUUUAGACUUCCUUGGCAAUUUCAUUGUAUUUGUUAUUGUAAAUUGCAUGAGGUUUUCAUUAUUCAAUUCAUUAUUCAAUUCAGACUAGACACAUUUUAUGGAAGAUAAGAAAAAAAGAAAUCUUAAAUA